UGUCUGUGUUUAUGCUGAAAGUCCAGGUGAAUGACAUCAUCAGCCGUCAGUACCUGAGUCAAGCGGUUGUGGAAGUGUUUGUGAACUACACGAAGACCAACUCCACGGUGACUAAGAGCAAUGGCGCAGUGCUGAUAAAAGUCCCCUACAAGUUAGGACUCAGCUUAACCAUUGUUGCGUAUAAAGAUGGCUACGUGCUAACCCCACUGCCUUGGAGGACCGGGAGGAUGCCCAUAUAUUCAUCGGUUACACUUUCACUGUUCCCGCAAAGCCAAGCGAAUAUAUGGCUGUUUGAAGACACUGUUUUGAUUACUGGAAAAUUAGCUGAUGCCAAAUCUCAACCAAGUGUUCAGUUUUCAAAAGCUUUAAUUAAACUUCCUGAGAACCAUCACAUUAGCAACGUUACUGGCUAUCUUACGGUUCUACAACAGUUUCUGAAAGUGAACAAUUUUCAGUACACAACUGGAAUUACUCUCAGUAAACCAGGUUUUGAAAACAUUGAGUUGACCCCUCUUGCUGCGAUAUGUGUGAAAAUAUAUUCGGGAGGAAAAGAAUUAAAAGUGGAUGGCUCCAUCCAAGUGUCGCUUCCUCUUCUGCACACGAAUGAUGUAAGCGCAGGGGAUCGCAUCCCCGCCUGGACCUUCGACAUGAGCACAGGUGCUUGGGUGAAUUCAGGCCGAGGAGUGGUCAAAGAACAGGACAAUCAUUUAAUUUGGACCUAUGAUGCACCGCAUUUGGGUUACUGGGUAGCAGCUCCACUUCCAGGAACUAGAGGUUCAGGUAUAAAUGAAGAUUCCAAGGACAUAACCACCUACCACACAGUGUUUCUUACGGCCAUAUUGGGAGGAACAAUCAUCAUUGUCAUUGGAUUUUUUGCUGUACUCCUUUGUUACUGCAGGGAUAAGUGUGGUGCUCCACCAAAAAGAGAAAGAAACAUCACUAAACUUGAAGUCCUCAAAAGAGACCAGACAACUUCAACAACACACAUUAAUCACAUUAGUUCGGUCAAAGUUGCAUUAAAAUCUGAGGAUAAGUCACAGUUUUUCAAUGCCCAAAACUCUUCAUACAGUCCUCAAAAGAAGGAACCGGCGAAGGCAGAGACAGACGAAAGAGUUUCCAUGGUGAAAACUCGGGAUAAUUUUAAAAUCUACAAUGAAGAUGUUUCAUUUCUAUCAGCCAAUCAAAAUAGUUACCCAAGAAAACCAAUACAGUCUUUGGAGUCCAGUAUGGGGACCAAGCAACCUAAGCACAUGAACAACAACCUGUCUUCAUCAUUAGGUGGCGCUCCCGAGGAAAAGCGUUAUCUCACAGGGGGUGAGGAAGGGUAUGGGUGCUCCCAGAUUUCCGACCAGCUUAUGCAUAUCUACAGCCAGCCCAUUGCCAUCCUGCAGACAUCUGACCUUUUCUCCACUCCAGAGCAGUUACAUGCUGCGAAGUCGGCUACCUUGCCAAGAAAGGGACAGUUAGUCUAUGGCCAACUGAUGGAACCAGUAAACAGAGAGAACUUUACACAGACAUUGCCCAAAAUGCCAAUGCAUUCUCACGCCCAGCCUCCAGAUGCCAGAGAGGAGGACAUCGUACUGGAAGGUCAGCAGAGUCUGCCGUCACAGACUUCAGACUGGAGCCGGUAUUCCAACAGCUUGCUGGAAUCCGUCUCUGUGCCUGGAACACUGAAUGAAGCUGUUGUAAUGACUCCGUUUUCCUCAGAACUUCAGGGGAUUUCGGAACAGACCCUCCUGGAGCUGUCCAAAGGAAAGCCCUCCCCUCACCCCAGAGCUUGGUUUGUGUCUCUUGAUGGCAAGCCAGUUGCGCAAGUGAGGCACUCCUUUAUAGACCUGAAAAAGGGCAAGAGAACCCAGAGCAAUGACACAAGUCUAGACUCGGGGGUGGAUAUGAAUGAGCAUCACUCGAGCAGGAAGCUUGAGAGGGAGAAAACGUUCAUCAAAAGCAUGCACCAGCCCAAGAUCCUCUACUUAGAAGACUUAGACCUGAGCAGCAGCGAGAGUGGGACCACUGUCUGCUCGCCGGAGGACCCGGCUUUACGGCACAUCUUGGAUGGAGGGAGUGGCGUUAUCAUGGAGCACCCUGGGGAAGAGUCCCCAGGAAGAAAAAGCACUGUUGAAGAUUUUGAAGCCAACACUUCCCCUACUAAGAAGAGGGGCAGACCACCACUAGCCAAAAGAGAUAGCAAGACGAACAUCUGGAAGAAACGAGAGGAACGUCCACUGAUUCCCAUCAAUUAGCUCCAGGGGAGGUUGUGUUCCUGCCUCUUGAGCUGUGUGUUCUUGCUUCUUGUAAAUUGCGGUAUGGAGUUCUUCAGAAAUUGAGACUGACCCAUCUUAUGGUCCCUGGACACAUCUCAAGCAGAGUCAGCCACAGAAUGGUAAUUCAGUCAUCAGAGAGGAAGAUUCCAAGGAAUGCUGUUUCUGACCUUUUCGUUUCUUUUUGAGUGAUGAAUUUGAAGUAUUUAGUUUUCAAAAUGUAAAGUAGUGUCGAUGUUAGUUACCUGUUCGCCAAUUUGGUACUGACUCUUGUAAGAGUAAGACAGUGAAACACGAACUCCCAAAGUUGCUCCCCCAGAUGUUGCCUCUGCCUGGCCGACUACCCCGUGGAACACUUAGAAAUGAAACUCUUCCCCAGGCAUCAUCCUUGUGAAAUGUUACAGUUACAUCCUCCUCUGCCUAGACUUAAAAACCAACUUGAUACAGGUUUGGACUGGUUAUCCUAGAGUUUAAAGACCAAACAACAUUUUCUUUGUUUGAGCUAAAUAGCAUGUGUAUUGUAUCACCCCAAAAGUAAACUCUACACUCAUAUAAAGUGGGCAGGAAGCUUCUUGGUCAUUAGAUGGGGUUGUUUUUGAAUGUAACGUCACAGAAUAAAUAAGGUAUUGAUUUGUUAUAGAGAAAUUUGACAAAUGAAUACUCUGUACUGGAUUUUUAUUUUUAAUCUUUUUUCCUCCCCUCAAGGAGUAAGUGACCUUAGCUAUGAAGGAUUUUUUUUUUUAACCAAUCCAAAAAAACAAAACAAAAUAAGACAAAACUCAUGCUAUUGUAAGUUAAAA